AUGCUCAAUCUCUACACCGAGACAGCGUUCCAGGUGACUUCGGCGACCCCAGACUCAGUGAUACGCCUCCAAGUUCCGAGAAAGAAUGGCUCGUUCGAAAAACCCAAAUCUGCUUCCACCCGCUCUGAGAAUACCAGGGUCUGGAGCAAAGAUCAACACUCCUAUGCCUCCCAUAUCCUAGCCUCGCAAGGUUCGAUAUAUUUCCGCGCGUCAAAAACAUAUCCGCGGUCGUUCUACUGGAAGGUGGUAAACAAUGGAAGGGUAUUGCUCGUGCAAUGCGCGGAUUUUGCAAGAAGCGAGAGCGAUGUCAACGAGGCCUACUUUACCGUCCGGUUUGAGUUCCAGGAUCCGAUCAUCCCUCGAGGCGUUGCCUUUGCAGACCUAGAGAGUCUCGACGAGAUCAGCGCCUUUGUUUGCACCGACAAAAACGAGAUCUUCAACCUGCGCCUGCCAACGAGUGCCUUCCGCGACCCGCGUGUUCUGCAAAGCGAAAACCUCACUCAGUGGUGCCAGCCACUCGAAAGCUCCGCCCUAGGCAUCGAUACAGUCUAUCGCAUACAUGCCCAUACUCCUUUGGUUGUGGUAAUAUCCUUUGCUAGCGGAAGGUUACAGCGGUUGAAGAGACGGUCUGUACAGGACGGCUGGGAACAGGAUAACUACGACGACCGGUCAUGGGGCGCAUCAAUCCGAGGGCUCGUCAGUCGCCGGGGUUAUCAUGCGAUCGAGUUUGGUUCAACCCAGCUGGACUCAAGAACAGCCCAGACUAUGGCCAUUUCAGCAGAUGGUGAUCUCCUCUUCACAGUGUGCCUCAACCACACGUUGAGAAUUUGGAACCUCAACAAUGGGAGAAUUGUUGCUACGAAAGACCUGGUGGGCAUGACACGGGAUCCCAACGACAGAACCCAUUUGAACCCAGUAGAAGAUGCCCUCUUGCAAGUGUUCAGAGAAGACGAAGCGCAGAAGUUUCCCACCGUGUUGACUUACAGUCCCCAAGAGGGAGGGCAGUUCAAAUUCUGGGAUAUCAAGGGGAGCCUCACAGACAACCUUAUCGUUGACGACAGAUAUCCAGGAACAAGACUAAGCGCCCCAGACCCGGAUCCGUCGGGAAACACUGUCUGGUCCAUGAUCGGAUUCAAGCUCGAUCCUGGCACCGAUCGCAGGUCUACUCAGCUCUGGGUGCUCUGGCGGAAUCACAACUACCACCAGCUUUACAACUGUCAACUGGAAUUGGGCAGCUUGGCGAGCUCAUGGAAGUCAAACUGGGUCAAAUGUAACGCAAGAGUGUCCACGAAGACUGUACCUCCAGAGUUUGUCAGAGGUGACCAGCAUGAUCCGUCUUCCAAGUGGUUGGAUUUCUUCUUCCGUCCCGGUCGCUACUCAGAGGCUGCCCUUGACACGGCGUUAUCGAUAUAUGAGGAUGCGACUUCGACAAAGUUGACCGCUUCGCAGAAGGAAGCUCCUCUAAGACAGCGAAUGUGUACCACUGUAGCGGCCAACAUUUCACUUCGGAAGUAUGGUGACUCAGAGAUGGACUUUGACCGGUUCUGUAUCGACACUGAUACACAAUGGCGCAAUUUCUACAGGAUUGUGGAAAAUGUCAACGACGACCGCAAUGCUCCACUAGCCCUGGCCUACGAUGCUUUCAGCGAGAUGGUGUGGAUUACCAUGGCAGACAAGUGCUGUGCUAUUCGAGAGUGCAGCAAGUUUGAACUACUCCAGCAGAACGCACUCAGCGACAUACAAGAUCUUGAGGACACUACUGCUCGAUUAUGGCCCCAUCGGAAAGUCAGCACUGACGACGGAGAACCCUUCCUUGACCUGGCCAUCCUCAUCUCUGCGGCGCGGACGUUCAGGGAAUCGCUUUCUUCCGAUCUUGCUCAAGAUCUUGUGGAUGCGAUCGAAGAAGACAUAUUGAUUGGCGCUGAUUAUGUGACUCCGACACGAAUGUUGAACACUUAUGAUAGUACAGGAUUUGGUGAUGCCAUAUCGAACGAAACCUUUGAAAGACUCCAGUCUGAUCUCUCUCCGAUGGGCGGCAUCUCUGGUCUGAACAACGAGCUUUUCCUUGGGGUAUUGGAGCUGUUUGCGCUUAAGAGCAGGAGAGCGAAAAGUGCCUUGAGAAAUACCCUUUUUGGGAAUCUUCUCUUGUCUGCUGGUGUGCUCGACUUCUUCUCCUCCCAGAAACAAGUGCUCAUGGAUCUUCUUGCUCUGGCGGUUUUUGUGGAAGGCGAAUUGAGUCAAGAGGAGGCGAAAUCGACGAUAUUUGACGCGUCGGAACUACAUGAACAGAUCGCACCCCUUCUCCGGCUGUGCAACCGCAAUCUGUGGCUGGCAUCGCACUCACGCUUGGUACCAUUAGAGAUUCUUGGCACUGAUGGACACCCAAAUGCCUCCCGCCGACGCUCUGAUAUCGUGACUGCCAACAAGAGACAGGUUACCAUAAUGGAGGACACAUUAAGCAAAGCUGUUCGACCACAGCCUGCGGUUGAGAAACCAUUGAUGUAUCUGAUCACAGACCAGUUGUUGGAGAUUGAUGACUGGGCUUCUGGAAAAGAUACACUGGAUCCAGAAGAAGGUGCAGUCUACCUCCAAUGCGAUCUGCUUGUUCAAGGCCAACUCGACCUUGCCACAGAAUUUUUACAGUACCAGCCUUCGACAUCCUGGUCAAGCUACGUGAAAGGACGGUUGGCUACUGCGAAAGGCGAGCACGAUGUGGCAGCACAUUACUUUCAGAAAGCAUCAUAUGGCCUAGCAUGCGGGAAAGCGGUUGGAAACCUGGUUGCCCUUUCAGCAGGUCUCCUGUCGGCGAUAGAAGCCGAGUGUUUCAACAACGGCCUGCCCGUCUACUUGCAUCAUAUCACAACAAUUUUUGAGUCUGCGAAAGCUUACAACGAAGCAGCUCGGUUUGCUCAUCUAACGUUAGAAUCGCUGCACGCCGGGCAGGAGCCGACUCCAAAUUUCCGUACCCAAGUCUUGUCCAGAUUGAUCACCGCAGAGCUCAAGCUAUCUAGGUUCGGUCGCGCCUACAACGCCGUGGUUCAGCUGCCUGACGAAGCAUUGCAGCGAUCGUCAGUAACAUCCCUGAUCAACUCGAUAUUGAGUUCAAGUGGAUCUGUCUUCGGGCCCGAAGGCGUAGUACGGACCAUUCGAUCUCUCCCCUGGGCCAUGUAUCCUCAGUUUACCCGACACAUGGAGUCACACCUUGUAUCCCUUGCAAAAUCUCAGAUGACAUCCAGCCUGGCUCCAGGCAAUGGCAAAGUCGACUAUCUCAGCGUCAUGCACGCUCUACGCAUCUCCCAACACGACUAUCGUGGUGCUGUUACAGUCCUUUACGACCGACUGAAAUUAAUCCGCAAAUCUGGUCGGGCUCGACAUGAUCCAAAGGCCACAGCAUUGAGACACGUCUUGCUUGCUCUCAUCAAUCUUAUGGCGUGCAUGGCACCGGACGAGGCGUAUAUUCUUGCGGAAACCGAGGAUAGCACGGCGGCGAAUCGGAGCCAGCCGAGCGCAGAAGAUAUCAAUGUACAAAAUGACGAACAGAUGAUGAAGAUGAGCAAGCGACGGCGCGUGAUUAUCACUCUGGAAGACUUGCGCAAAGAAUAUCAGGCGAUACUGGAUAGGUGUAGUCGCAUUGAGCGUGGCGAUUUCGAUUUUGAAAUCGAUGGGGACGAGAGUGAAGACGACAGCGAGGAGGUGAUGGCAGACCAGAGUCAAUCGAGAUUGAAUCUAUCGAAAGCAUCUUUGAGAAACGGAACCAGUAAUGGAGGGGACGCCAUGGAAUUUUGA